GUCACUUCCGGGGCGGUGCCAAGAGCGAGGCACACUUCCGCCCGCAGGGAAGAGGCGGCGGCUGUAUCAGCGGCGCAGGAGGCUGGGCCCGGACGCCCGGGGAUCGACGGACUCUAGGGCGGGCGGACGGGAGCCAUGGAGCGCGGCCCCGGGGCCGGGGGGCGCGGGCUGGGGAGGGUUUCCCGAGGCACACCAUGGAGACCCGUGACGGCAAGGCUCCUGGGGGCUCGGCUCGGACUGCGAUGGGGCUGGGCCACAGCCUCCUAACAGGGCUGUUGUCGAGGGUGGCGGCCGAGUGUCCGAGGCCCGGCCCAGUGCCCGCCCGCCAUGAACGGCCUGUCGGUGAGUGAACUCUGCUGCCUCUUCUGCUGCCCGCCGUGCCCUGGCCGCAUCGCUGCCAAGCUCGCCUUCCUGCCGCCUGAGCCCACCUAUUCGCUGUUGCCUGAGCCGGAGCCGGCGCCUGGCGGGGCCGGGGCCGCCCCAUCAGGGACCCUGCGGGCCUCUGUGGGUACCCCGGGGCGCUGGAAGAUCCACCUGACGGAGCGCGCUGACUUCCAGUACGGUCAGCGGGAGCUGGACACCAUCGAGGUCUUCCUGACCAAGAGCGCCCGCGGCAACCGCAUCUCCUGCAUGUACUUGCGCUGUGUGCCUGAGGCCAGGUACACGGUUCUCUUCUCCCACGGCAACGCCGUGGACCUCGGCCAGAUGAGCAGCUUCUAUAUUGGCCUGGGCUCCCGCCUCAGCUGCAACAUCUUCUCCUACGACUACUCGGGCUACGGUGUCAGCUCCGGCCGGCCCUCCGAGAAGAACCUCUAUGCUGACAUCGAUGCCGCCUGGCAGGCCCUGCGCACCAGGUAUGGCAUCAGCCCCGACAGCAUCAUCCUGUACGGGCAGAGCAUCGGCACGGUGCCCACAGUGGACCUGGCCUCGCGGUACGAGUGCGCCGCCGUGGUGCUGCACUCGCCGCUCACCUCGGGCAUGCGGGUCGCCUUUCCUGACACCAAGAAGACCUACUGCUUUGAUGCAUUCCCCAACAUCGAGAAGGUGUCCAAGAUCACGUCGCCGGUGCUCAUCAUCCACGGCACGGAGGAUGAGGUGAUUGACUUCUCACACGGGCUGGCACUGUAUGAGCGCUGCCCCAAGGCCGUGGAGCCGCUGUGGGUAGAGGGCGCCGGGCACAACGACAUUGAGCUCCACAGCGAAUACCUGGAACGGCUGCGCCGCUUCAUCUCCCAGGAGCUGCCCAGCCAGCGCGCCUAACGGUGCCCAGGGACUCACCCUGUGCCGGGCCUCAGCAAUAAGGUGGCCGCUCGAGGACUCGCCCCUCCGCGGCCCAGGGGGCUGCAUGUGGACCCCUGGGCCAUCUAGGACCCCGCCCUGGCCCAGGGGCCACGGACAAUGUACAGGUGAUGGAGUUACACUCUUCCUUUUGGAAGCAAAGAGAGGUGAAAAAUUAAAAAGAUUUAAGAUUUUAGGGUUCCUCUCCCCUUCUGUGGUUCUUGCAGGUCCAGUGAGCACCAGGAGUGGUGGGUCGGCAGCCCCAAAGAGCUGGAGGCAGGGGAAUGAGAGAAGGGGUGGAAGGGCAGCAUUCUGGGGAGACUGGCAAAUUAGACCUCUGGGGCACAGCCCCGGGUGGGGAGCCUCUCUCGGGGUCCCUUUCUGCCCACCCUUGCCUGGCCCUCCUAUGGGCGCUAUUACAGAGGGGACUAGAGAAUCCAUCCUGUACCAGGAGCACCAGGCUCUACGGACCGAACUGGACCAAGACUUUGGGUCAGGCAGAUGCCUCUGCAAGCCAGCUGGAGGGGAGCCGGCAGGUGGAUGAGGUCCCCCGGGCUGGGUCUGGGGAGGACUUCUGUCUAAGACCCAGUUCUGUCCUUGUCCCAUUCAAGGACUCAAGGCCUUUGAGCUGCGGCAUCCGGGCCUCCCCAGGCCACAGUACCUAGAGAGCUCUGUGACCUCCGUGGCAGGAGCUCUUGAGCAGGACAGGCCCUGUCCUCCUGCCUAGGCCACAGCAGGGUUAGGUUCCCAGCGGCCUCUACCAAGGCGUGGUUGGUCCUCUUUAAGGGAGGGUGGGGCUUCAGUCGGGGCGGGGGAAGCGAGGGGGCGUGGCUACCGCGGGUCUGCGGAGCACGUGGGGCCGGGCGGAAGUGACGUCUGCGAGCCCGGAAGUGGAGGCGGCCGGUGGUCCGUGGAGGCGGCGGUGGGUCGGCGGUGAGUGGUGACGGCUCAGACUCAGCCAGGUACCCGCCCAGGCCGGCCCCCGGCUGCUUCCGUGACUUCCUCGUCGGCGCGUAUCACGGUCCUGUCGCUGCACUCGUCCUUCCGUCCGUGUCCCGUUGUGUCUGCUCGGGAAAGCGUCCGCGCGCGGUGGAGGCGCCAGCUGCGAGUCCGGGGUCACUUGUGAGGCCAGGAGCUUGUGGAAGGCAGCCGUGGUGAAUUAGGGAGCGUCCAUGUCCCCUCUCUCGCCAGCUCCACUGUCUUUGCACAGACUGCAGCGUCCUCCGUCCCGUGUUUGUGCUAUGGCCCCAGCGCGGCUGCCCUUUGCUGAUGCGUCUGCUCUGUCUAGGUUGCCGGCUGCAGUGUUUCUACCCCGACUCCCCACCCCCAUCUUGUCCCCCUGCUGGGUGGCCCUGUGACCCCUACUGCAGCGCUGGUCACCUAGAAUGUUGUCUCUGCCACCAUUAAAACCUGCUCUGCCUUUGG